AUGUCACGUCCAGAAGAUUUGGCACCACCAGAAGUGUUUUACAAUGACAGUGAAUCUAAGAAGUAUAGUGGCUCCACAAGAGUGCAACAUAUUCAAGCUAAAAUGACACUUCGGGCCUUAGAACUUCUCAACCUGCCACAUACAUCAUAUAUCUUGGAUAUUGGGUGUGGGUCUGGUUUAAGUGGUGAAAUCAUCACUGAAGAAGGACAUAUAUGGUGUGGAUUAGACAUUUCUCCUAGUAUGUUAGCUGAAGCGCUAGAAAGAGAAGUUGAAGGUGAUCUUAUGUUACACGAUAUAGGUCAAGGUAUUCCAUUUAGAGCAGGUGUAUUUGAUGCGGCAAUUAGUAUAUCUGUGAUUCAAUGGUUAUGUAAUGCGGACACAUCGUACAACGAUCCAAAGAGAAGGCUCAUGAGGUUCUUCAAUACACUAUUUGCUAGUUUGAAGAAAGGAGGAAAAUUUGUAGCACAAUUCUAUCCAAAGAAUGAUGAUCAAAUAGACCAAAUCUUGGGAGCAGCAAAAGUAGCUGGAUUCUCUGGUGGCCUUGUCAUUGAUGAUCCCGAGUCCAAAAAGAACAAGAAGUACUACUUGGUAUUAAGCUCCGGAUCUACAGAACAGAAUGAACAAGUCAACUUGGAUGGUGUUAAGAUGGAUGCAGAUCUAAUGGUAAAGAGAGAGCGUAAAAAGAAACUAGUUGAAUCAAGUAAGGAUUACAUCAACAGAAAGAAGGAGGUGAUGAAAAAAAGAGGUAGAAAGGUAGCUCUCGACUCGAAGUUUACGGGUAGAAAGAGAAGACCUAGGUUUUAG